AUGACGUCACCGGUGGCGGGAAGCCUAAGCCCCGGGGAGAGGCAUCGGUCGGCCAGCCCUCGGUCCGAGUUCCUGGCCAUCCCAGAGUUCGGCUCUCCCAACUACACCACCUCAGCCUCCAGCCCCACCAGCUUAUCAGUGCCUGGGUCGUGGUGGGGGUUCGGAUCCCUAGCCGUCUCUGGGGAUUACAGGAGAACCAGCAGUGCCGGCUCCUCCAUCUUUGACCUGAGUGGCGAGUGUGAGCAGCUGGAGAGGGCGCUCAAAGAGAAUGACGUCAACACGGUCAAGAAGUUUCUACAGCUCUACCACACCCGGUUAACCUUGACCAUUGACCCCCAGCUCCACCACACCCGGUUCCCGCUGGACGUCCACGCCAGUUUUCUGGACAAGUCCAGCUGUGACUCCCACAGCAGGCGUCAGAGUCACGUGAGUCAGGACGUGGAGAUCCUGCUGAGGAAGAGUCAGACGUUGAUCGACUCCCUGGAGCGUCACAGGGACAGCGAGCAGACGGAUGACGCGCCCAACAUUUUCAGGUCCUCCUUGCACCUGGCCAUCCAGUACAGCUCCCUGGAUGUCCUAAAGGUCCUCCUCAAGUACGGCGUGGACCCCAACGAACCGUCCGCCCUCCAGUCCAAGAGCAGACGCAGCAGUCAAUACGGCAGCAGCGAAGCCCCCAGCCCCACCGUCCCCGCCAUUCUACUCCCGGGGUUCCAGCACCCAGAACCUUGCCAGGCAUCCCCCACCCCCACAGUCCCGCCCCAGGAGCACCAGUUUUACCUGGAAGACCCCCGUACGGAGACGGACAACUCUCAUUCUCGCCAGAGACUCAGCGUCAAUCCCCCGGCUGCUCCUUCAUUCAAACAUUCUCGACGCUGUUCCGACUGGCCUUCGUUAAUCACCGUAGGCGGAAACUCCCGAACACCGGGCUCCGGACGGUCUAGCCACUAUAACCACCUACCGGAAAUAGUCGAGACUUCGGUCGAGAACGGUUUUAAUUUCUCAGCUCACUACUCCAAAGACGACUUGAUGAACUUACCGUGUCUGUAUCUUGCAGUGGUCGACGGUAACCCGUAUGUUGUCCAGCUUCUACUCCGUUACGGCGCCCAGCCCAACGUUCAGGACACGCAUGGCUGCUCCCCGCUCCACCUCGCCUGCUGCCAGGAGUACUUCAACCUGGAGAACAUCCGCAGCCUGCUCAAGUACGGGGGGCGCGCCCACCUCAAGAACGUCAACAACGACACGCCCUGCACCCUCUACCCCGACAUCGUCAACGAACAGAGGGCCGUGGUCAGAGCAGCGCUGACCCGGUUGACCUUCACCCAGCCUGGUAAACCAAGAUCAAGGACAUCAACCGUGACGAGCCAGAACACACGAGACUACCCGAUGCCUCCCACGCCCUCACACGACCCCUCCGCUUCCGGUCGUUCUGGAAGCGUCAGCCGGUUCUUUAAGCGGUUGAGCUCAGACCCCCGCCCCCGGGGCAGGGACCGUCGCAUCACACGUGACGAGAGCUCGACGUUCGUGUCGGAGGCGCUCCGGGAGAGGACGUACUCGAUCGGGUCCGGCAAGAGCCGGCACUACUCGACCUGCAUCCAGGAGGACAUGGAAAGUGACAUCUCGCUGGAGCCCUCGGUCUUCUCUGAGCGAAUUGCUUGCCGUAGCAGAAUGAGUCUAAGGCGAAAUGAUAAGAACAAGAACAGGGGAAGUUACUCCGCCGAGCAGAAUGAAAGAUCUUCUAGCGAGGAGGCUGAGAGGUCCCUACACAUACUGGUCAAGUUGGCCUCUAACUGGGAGUGUGUACCUACCAUGCUGGACAGUCUACUUCCGUACAUGCGCAAUCUGCUGCCUGUCAUUGAGCAGUUGGAGGCACCGGCGGUGGAGAAAUCAAUCAAUGAGCUGUUCAAUCAACUCAUUCAGACCUGCUACAGCCAGCUGUCUGAGACCUCCACAAACGAGACCAAACAUUCCAUCUUUCUCGAACUUUCGAAACUUCUGCAAGCCGCCCUGGAGCUGAUGCGAGGCAAGCAGAGCCUCCACUUCACCGCCCUCUCCAUCAUCAACCGCAUCAUGGAUAUCUGCAUCGUCCACAAGAACUACGACUUCGGGUCCCCCACCUGCCGUCCCGACUCCGACCUCCACGCGACCAGCCCGGAGUUUAUCGCCAAAGGGGGCGGGGCUCACUUCGGGGUCCCGACAAAACCCGGGGGUCGGGAACAGUACCCGAUUAGAUUUCAGUCUCACGCGCACCCACACACGGGAUUAUGCAGCAGGUUGAGUAGCUCAGACGAAUCGUCAACGGCAAGUUUUAUCGGAACCUCCUCUAAAGGGCUUUCAUCUUCCUUCACGCCCACCUCCAGCAGCGCCGCCGCCACAAACACCCACACGCCCUCCUCCUCUACGGCACCCUCUGCGCCUGCGCCGAGUUCUGUGACGUGUUCCUCCACGCUCAACCGGAUAUCCUCCCUCCACAAGCGGCGCGCCAGCCAACCGUCGCACGAACAACAUCCGCCAAACGGAUGUGAAGACGACGACCCUUCCAAAACGGCUGUCGUCCGGACUCCUCUGGAAAUCUUACUCUCGCUUGACCCGAGUCAAAUUGUAUCCUGCUUGCACAACAACAUCACCAUGCACAAACGGAUCAUCGGCACGCGGCACAAAUGCACGCCCAGCGUCAGACAGAGACACUGUACUCACCACUGCUUGCAGAUUCUCAGCGCUAGAGUACUCACCCUCAUGUGCCACAGUGCGCAUGUGCAGCACAAAUUAGUCACCAGGGGGCAUCUCAAAAUGUUAGUGGAGGCCCUGGAUCCUAACCAUGACCCGCAACUUCUCUGCCUGUUGCUCCAAGCACUGGCCUGUGUUGCCAUGACACCCGCCUACCACUCCGCCCUCUCCGACGCCGACGUGGCCGAUAUGCUGAUGCAGCUGCUGCUGCCGUCGGACGAGUGGUACUACACCAACCACAGCACUAAGUACGCCAAGUAUGUCAAGUACCACGCCGCCAGGAUCCUGGUCUACAUGGGGCUCUUCCACAAGCUGGGGGGUCGGGUCGACAUCUUCGACAGGAGGCCUUUUCUGGAAAGUAACCAAAACUCUCUGCUGCAAGUUCACUCCCCUGAAGACAGUUUUAUUGAGCUGAUGGCGAUGGGGAAGAUAGUCAUGCUGAACUCUAAAGGUCAUCUGGAGGCGGCGUCUAUGGAAGGUCUUAUCUCAGAGAUCAUACAGGAAGCUUCCAACGAAGAGCGAGACUCCCACACGCCGUACAUCCGGCUCAGCGGCUCUGCCAACAGCCUGACAGGACAGUUUGACCACGACUUCUUCCAGAACAAACAAAGCCUUCUCUCGCCCCUCGCCACGCCUUCUUGCUCCAUGGAGUUCCUCAAGUCAAUCAACCAUCAGACUCUCCGGGAAUAUUUCCUAACCGGUUUACCCAUGGUUGUACACCCGGUUAUUGUACUCCGGCUUUUGUCGCACCGGUUAUUCGGGAAUAUGAUUCGUAGGAAGACGCUGUACUCAGAUGCCAAGCUCAAACCACCUAAAGUAGAUAAAGUCGACUCGUGUCCUCCACGGAAGCUUGACGUCUCUGACAAAGACGAUCAGAACCAACACAAAGAGUUACCGCACGCUGCCCAUGAAGGCGUCUCGUUGGCAUCUCAUCCUCAGGACAACGCCAACUCAUCUAAACCACAGAAACAGGAGCAGAGUACUCAGCCUAAACCAAAGCCCAGCCUUCGUGUGAUGAUAUCCGACUCAGGGAUAGACGACGACGACACCCACCUUCACGACUACGACGAGAAGGAUCUACUCCACGCCGAAAGAGUCAGCGCUAAGAACGUUAGCCAGGUUCAAAAUAAAAACGGAACAACGACGAAACUUGCCUUAAGAGCUAUAGGGGAGAGCUUGGUGACCCCUCUGGACCUGGAUAUUAAAUCCAGGUCGAAGGAGUCAACUGCUGUACCUGGGUCUAACGCCGUCACCCCACCCGAGGUCCCUGAAGGCGUUAACUUUGAUAUACCCUCGAAACAACCGUCAAAAAAACUGUUCCGGUGGCCGAGUAAGAAAAGAUUGUCCAAGUCCCAGGCUAAUGUUCAAAUGGUGCAUCAAGACAGCAUCGUCAGUGGGGGUCAGCUGACGUCUGGUUCGUGCAGCGAAGCGUCGACCCCUGAGGUAGAUAUCGUGGCCUUUCAGCGGGAGCUUAUCAAUCUUCCAACCUUUGUCAUGGAGACGCCUUUAGUCGACGUGUCCCCGGUGUUCUCAAGGUCCAGUUCAGUGCCAGAGAACCUGGCGUCACGUCACAGGUCCAACCUGAUCAACAGCUCCACGGGUCAGCUGCACGUGCAUACUGACGUCAUCGACACGAAACACAGCCCGCACAGUCCCAGCAGACCCACCUUUAUAUUUCCCAGCUCACCCAUGACGUCCAGCAGCUUUAAAGCCGGCUCCAUGGUGACCAUCACCACCACAGAUGUGGGGGGAGAGAGUGAGAGAAUCAUCCACCACCCCAUCACCGACCUCGUCUCCCCGACCCUGCCCAGCAUCCACCAACAACUCACCUCCCCCCAGAGCACCGACACCCCCGUGGCUGGCUCUGCCAUAACCGUUCACUUCGAGGCUCCGUCCUCCCCCAACCCGUCAACCUCCAGCCAAAGCCCGCAGACGCAGUUCGAGUUCCCCAGCAUCCCGCCCUCAACCAGCUUCGCCAACCACUUAAGCGUCAAGCAGGAGUACCCACCCUCCGCCACGCUCUCGCCUAUACAGCAGCAGAUGUCUGUUCAAACCUCCUUGUCUACCCCUGCUCUGUACACCCCCGAGCCUCGCCAGUCGGCCCCCCUCCCCACGGGGACGUCCGGUCUGGUCACCCCUAGCUACGAGAUAUCGUGCCAGCACCGUGGAGUGCUCAGGGUGUUGGAGACUUGGGCCAAGAUCUCACAGAUCGACAUGGAGGGCAACUCUCUGAUAGCCCUGGAGACCAGAGAGUUCCUCAAGAGACUCUCUGCUAUGGGACACGAAUAUAAACUCUGGUGCCAAAGAUUCGGAGCGAACCUUCGGCUCGAGGAAUGCAUAACAGCGGAUAAAGCAACCGAAGCCAAGGACGAUAAUGCAUCAAUUCAUCUGCAAUACAAAAAGCUACAGCAGCUGAUUGUCAAUGGGGACCUGCCGUGCUCUAAAGAAGAGGCCGCCACCCUCGCUGGCAUCCAGCUCCACAUCGAAGAGGCCUGGCCCGAGUCUGAGGACGAAGACAACGAGGAGGUUGACACGCCCAACCACCAGAACAACAACUGUGGGAGUCCAACCAACGGGUUGACAGAUGGCGAGGAUGGCGUCGUUGAGCAGACGAGAUGUUUUCGUAUCAACACGGACAGCGAGAAGCUGGAGAACUUGCGCCACAAGAAGGAGCUGAUCCGCUCUCAUAGAGCCCAGAGAAUAACUAGCACUAGACGCAGUACAAAACUAGCACGGACCCUGCUGUGUACCAGCGAUAACGAAUGGCAGCCACGGGAGAGUUUGGACCUGAGCAAAUUUCUACCUCCCCACUACACAACUUCUAAACGAGUUCGAGAACUUAUUGAAGACAAACAAAAAAAGUUGUGGCACACUCCCUACUAUGAAAAUGAAGUAAAGCUUAAACAGCUGUACAUCAAGAUCUGCAAGAAUCUUCCUUCAUAUGGCUGUAAACUGUUUCAAGUCAAAGAAAUUUUGAGGGGAAACACACAAAAAAAGGUAUCAAGGCUACUGGCCAUCUCUAAUGAGAAGAUCAUGCUGCUAGACAUUAAGACCCAGAUCCCAGCUAAGAGCCAGCAACUUAAAGACAUGGAUGACUGGCUGUCUGGUAGUGGAAAGGCCCAUGACAGUCUAGUGUUAGAGUUCAGGGGGACUAAGCCAUGGACGCUUGCCAUGCCUUCUGUUGACUGUCUCAAGUCUGUCACUGCUGCCAUAUGGGAAGCUUUAGAUAUGGAUGGCAGAUUUCUAAACAAUGGCGCCCUGCAGAGAGACAGCUUUGAGUUUGAUUACCAGAAGAGACAGCUGACUCCCAGACCAGAGUUAGAGCCCAUGAGCAAAGACACAGAAGAGUUGGAGGCCUUGCGGAAAAUGCUUCACUUUCCGGAAGAAGUGGCGCUGAUGUUAACUGAUGUGGAACACAAACUUUUCAGCAGUGUACCUCCGCAGCACUACAUUCGCCACGUCACCAUGGAACUUUCCAGACCUUUGAUGCAGAAAACUCAGCCUUCAGUGGAACAUCUCAUACAAAGGUUCAAUGAGGUCAGCUCCUGGGUGACCCAGUUGAUUGUGACCCAAGCAACCCAUGACGACAGGAAAGCUGUGCUGUCCUGUAUCCUCAGACUUGCUGUCUACUGUUGGCUCCUUGGGAAUUUUAACUCUGCUGUUGAAAUUGUUUGUGGAUUACGGUCAGAGAAACUGAAACCGUUUUGGCUGUCUAUAGAAGAUGAAGACCUGUCAACACUCCACUCCCUGUCAGACAUGUUGCUGACCAGGGACCUCUCCCCGGAGUACAGGGAGGCAAUCAACAGGGCCCUGGAUAUCCCCGAGUGUAAAGUUGUGCCUUUUUUUGGAUCUUUCCUCCGUGAGCUGAAGAGUAUUUUUGUUGGAGUACCUAGCAUCGUGGUUGUGCCGUCUGAUGAAAACCAGUCGUUAGAGUUUGUGUCAGACUUCAAUGGUGAGGACAGGUUUAUGACCAGGAUAGGUGUGGGUGGAUUAAUUAACCUGGACAAAUUGAGGCAGGCUCAGCUGGUGCUGAGUGACAUUCACCUGUUCCAGUACCAUGGGAAAAUAGCAGCUAGUUCCAGUAGUAACCUGGGGGAUGCCACCAGCAGUGCCAGCAGAGAUACAGAAUCAACAUCGUAUGAUAGCGAUGGGGAUUAUGACCUUGACCUAGACAGCUAUCAACCAGUCCGACCAUUGGCUAGCGAGCACGAGGUCAUGGUGUUGACCCCAAGACUCCUCCAGCUGGACAUGCAGACUCUGCAGAUCUUGAACCACGGCACGACCAUCAUACAGUGGGACGAAGAUGGCGGCAGAUCCUCCUUGUGUGUCUUACGUCUCGAGGCCGACAACUCCACCAUCACGUGGUCCCGGCCGGGCUGGAGCGCCCUCCGUGGCGCCACCUCCCCGCCUGACUUCGUCCUUCACUCCGACCGCUCCCACACCUCCCUGCACGUGCUGUGCGCGCGCUACUCUAGUGGGGGUGAGGACAGUUUCAACUCACUAGAAGAAGGCUACCUGGACGUCAUGCACAUCAAGGAAGUUUACCUGGGCGAAGAGAACCUUGACCUUGCUGGCAUCUGCAAGCGGCACGGGCUAGAGACUCUGGACUCUGACCACAAGUGUAUCACCAUAGUCUACGGCAGCUGCAUGUCCGCCAUACACAAGCUGUGGUUUAUCGGACCCAAGGGGAUCAUCGGCGCCUGGUACCGUGGCUUGACCCACCUCAAGGUGGCAGCAGGCAAGCUGAGGAACCAAAUGGACAGACGCGUCCUGUGGCUCAAGCAGCAGUACCUGCAGCUGUACUACGAGGGGGAGAAGUGCCAGGGCCCCACCCCAGCGGACGCUGUUAAAGUGUUUGGGGGAAGGUCAUGGUCGUCCGGCCUGCCCACGUCUGCUCUGAACGAACAGGGAGGCUCCAUCAGACGGUCGGCCAACUUCACCGUUGGCCCGCCCAACCUGUUUAAGAAAGGGAAGGGAGGAGGGGGUGGAUCAACAAAGGUCGACCCCGCCAAAAGCGGCAGCCACGCCCACGGGGGAGCAGCCCCAGACAGCGUCAAAUCGUCUGCUGGUAAAGCCAAGCGCACCCCAAGCCCACUCCGCAAGAUCCGCUCCGAGAUGAACAAGUCCCACAACUCCGACCCCACGCUGAACCAAAUCGCCCGGGGCAGCCCGACUCUGGGCUUCCGUCCCCGGAGCUUGACCUUCAGCUUCACCAGCAGGUACCGGUCCCGCAGACGGCGCAUGUCUCUGGGGUGCCGCAGUGGGGACAAGUCCAGCUCCAUCACCCACUCGACACAGCUGUCGUUUUUGGACUUCGUGGACCUGUUCAAGUCGUUUGGUCUGCGGUGCCGGAAGGACCUGAAGGACUUGUUUGACCAGAUCUCCUCCAGCAAGAAGCCGCACGUGGACGAGGCCAUGACGUCAGUAGACAUUCCUAGCCAGGCCACCACUAGUGAUAAUAUAUGUUCCAUUACAAGAAUCACAGCACAAGACCUCAAGCUGGACAGCCAACAGCGCCACAAGAUCUGCGACGCCCUGGCAGUGUCCAGCAUCAUCUCCAACUGUGCGGGGGUGGACACCAGCCACAGCUCCUACCUGACACCCGCUGAGAUACACGACUUCCUCGUCAACUUCCAGGAAGAGCACUUGGACCAAGAGGAGAUAACUGAGUUGGUAAGAAAGUUUGAACCAGACCCUGCAAUGAGAAGUAGGUGCUUCAUGUCCUUUGAAGGCUUUGCCAGGAUGUUGAUGGAUAAAAACAACUAUGCACACGCAUAUGAAAAAAGUAGUCACACAGACGAGGACAUGGACCAUCCCCUGCCCCAUUACUACAUAGCAUCUUCCCACAACACCUACCUCACUGGGCACCAGCUCAAGGGGGAAUCUUCUGUCGAGCUCUAUAGUCAGGUGUUGUUGAUGGGCUGUCGUUGUGUGGAGUUGGACUGCUGGGAUGGUGAGGAUGGGUCACCAAUCAUUUACCAUGGUCACACUCUCACCACCAAGAUCUCAUUUAAAGGAGUAGUGGAAGCAAUUAAUAGGAGUGCCUUUGUCACCUCACCAUACCCCAUCAUUUUAUCCAUUGAGAACCAUUGCUCACUAGCCCAGCAGCAGAAGAUGGCACAGAUAUUUGUGAGUGUAUUUGGUGAGAAGCUGGUGACAGACUUCCUGUUCGACACAGAUUUCCUAGAAGAUCCCCAGCUGCCUUCACCCAACCAACUCAAGUACAAAAUCCUCAUCAAAAACAAGAAACUCAAAGACAACGAAAGCCUUGCCGCAGCCAAAAAGGUGUACACACAGAACAGAGCAAGCAGCAUUCCAUCUUCAGAGACAACAUCUAUCAAUGAUUUUGAUGAUGAUGAUGAUGAAGAUGAGGAUGAAGAUGAUGUGACAGAUGCUGUCAAAGAGUUACGGAGGUCAGUGGACAGCCAGGACAGUCCAACCCCUGAACACGAGGACAAGACCAAGGGUGACCAGCCCCGGUCACGUACUGACUCUAUGGAGGAGCUACGGGCCAGAUAUCCCAAUGAUAACUUUGGCAGUAAAACUUCUCGACCUAAAAGCCACCCUGAGCUAGACUGGCACUUUGAUGAGGAGAUAUCAAACCUGAAAGUCCAGCCGAAAGUGAAAACAAAAAAGGCCAGUCAAAUAGCCAAAGAGUUGUCUGAUCUUGUUGUGUAUACACAUGCUGUCAAAUUCAGAGGGCUUAGUAUGAGUCCCAACACAUCUUUGAAACAAAAAAAAGUCCCCUCUCGGAGAAGUAUUCUAACAGCCAGCAUGGGAACCAGUCCCAGCACUCCCACUCUCCUACCAGGUGGUGCAGACAAGCCAGAAAGUAGCCUGCAAGUGACCGGAGCCAAGUUUAAACGCUGUGAAGUCCCCUCCUGUUAUCUGGUGUCAUCCCUCAAUGAGAACAAAGCCAAGCAACUGUGUCGCAGGAGUCCCCUGGCCACUGUUUGCCACACAGAGAGACAGCUGAUGAGAACCUACCCAGCAGGGAUGAGAAUUGAUUCUUCCAAUUUUAACCCUGUCAUUUUCUGGGCUUUUGGGAUUCAGAUGGUGGCCUUGAACUAUCAAACAGAAGAUGUAGCCAUGUCUUUGAACACAGCCAUGUUUGAACAAAAUGGCCGCAGUGGCUACAUACUGAAACCGUCUGUCAUGUGGGAUAAAUCCCAUGUCAUGUACAACCGCUUUAAUCCUUGGGAUAAAGAAUUUGAUGGCUUGCACACCACCAUCCUUACACUACAGAUCAUCUCAGGCCAGUAUGUGUGUCAACAUUACUCCACCAACGUACAAGUGGAAGUGGAGGUGAUUGGUAUUCCUGUGGAUUGUGCCAAACAGAAAACUAAAGUAGUGCCUAAAAAUGCCCUUAACCCUAUAUGGAAUGAUAUCUUCACAUUUCAAGUAUUAUUUGCGGACCUUGCCUUUAUAAGAUUUGUUGUGAUCGACGCCAAUACAAGUCACAUGGUCACGCAGCGUGUUAUCCCCUUGAAAUGCCUGAGACCUGGCUACAGACAUGUGCGGCUCCGGAACGGCUCCGGUCAGCCGCAGGAGUUGUCCACCUUGUUUGUGUACAGCAAGCACGAAGAGGAACUACUGGAGACUAGGAAUGGAUCAGACUUUGGUCUGACCGUCUCCUCGUUCAAACGUAUGUCCAUCUUCUCAAAGGUCAGGGAACUCUCGGACGCCAGUAAACAAGAUUCUAAAGAGGCUCUUACAACCACGGGGACCAAGCUGAAGCGUAGGAUGUUUUUCAUUAGUGUGUUUGGAGUUACUGCCCCUGAUGAAUACAUUAUUCUCAAGGUCACACAGGACUCCACUGUGGCAGACACCAUAGCACAGGCGCUGACUAAAGUGGGUCGACUGGAUGAAAAGUUUGCGGACUAUGUCUUGGUGGAGGAUGUCCAGAGUGGCUGGGAGAAGAAAGACCAGGAGAAGGCCAGCAACCAGAGAAUUCUGGACGUGGCCGAGAGGGUUCUGGCGGCUCAAAACAAGUGGAAAGGGGCGGGGAAGUUUAUUCUUAGGAAACUCAGUGAUGACCCCAGUAGUAGAGCCUGGAUGACCACUAUGCUAAAAGAACAGAAGCGUCAAAUGGAAGAGUCCAGCACUGCGGACUGGGAGGGGGAGGAGCACAUGUUUCUUGUCUGUGUGUUCAACGUCUCACCAGACCAGCCAUACACAAUCUUUAAGGCACCAGUGACCAGCACAGCUCAGGAUAUCAUCACACAAGCAAUGAAGAAAGCCCAUCGAGCCAACACUGAAGAUCCUCGUGAUUUUGUACUGCUAGAGGAGGUGACCAACCAGGCAGAACCAUUCCAGGCUAGUUCUUCCAAGAAAUCUGGCAGUGAGAAGGGGGAUAACUCUAGGAUACUGGCGGAUGAUGAGAAUGUCUACCAGGCUCAGAAUGAGUGGAAAACUGCAGGGAGGUUUGUCCUCAUGAGCAGGGAGGAAGUCAGUCUGGAGGAUGAGGAUAAAAAACGUUUUAGCAAAGGAUCCCUGUCUAAAGGCAGCAACUUCUCAAAAAGGUUUGGAUCAAAAAGACUUUCACGCAACCCAACUCAGGGGGAAAAACUCCUUGCAUACCCGCCUCCAGAGAGCUUCCACCGCUCCAUCAGCUUCCCAUCUCAAGUCAACAACACGGCUGUCGUCGCCAAGGCAACAGCACCGUCCCCCAACCUGUCUCCCACACCCCCUGAAAGGUCAGGGCCAUUCAGAAUCUCCAAGAAAAUCUCCAAACUCAGCUUCAAGCUCAACAAGUGAUUGUCAGCCACGUGCAUGAAAGUGGAAUAGUCCAACAGGUUGUUUGAUAAAUUCAAACUUCUGUGUGCUGAUGUUGAGACUUGUGGACCAACUGAAACUCUGAUUGUUGAUUGUGGUCUUGUGUGACACCCAUUACAGCACACUUCACCAACAGUUGUGUUUAUGUACCAUGGUCGGGUGACUCAAACAAAGUAACAACACACAUCAUGAUCAAUGGUGCACCUGGAAGCCACCCUAUAUAAGGAAUCUGCCCUAUAUCAGGAAAAGCUGCCCUAUAUCAGGGAGCU